UUUGUUCCCUAACUGCGGAAGCAGAGAGAUGUCUGUUAACAUCUUAAGCUAAAGAGAUGACAUCAAGAGAGAUGUUAGCAAGGAACGACCGCUUCUCCAAAUGGAGACAGUCAUUAGACUACUCGAGACAUCUCUGCACUGUAACUAGGCCUUCAGCAUCACUGGGAGGUAAUUCGAUACAAUCACUCAAUACCGUUGGAGCAGCAAAAUCCUUUGGAAAUACUCACUGUGGCUCAUUAAACGACGGGAAGAAGAGGAAAGGACAGUCGACUAGCUCAGGAAACGACAAAAUUGAUCUGAAGCAAACUCAAGCUUCCAAGCUUCGCGGCAUGCGAAGUGCUCACGACUUUUCACUCAGUCUGCGGCCUCAUACAGGCAGAAAACCACGUCGGAUGCCUUCAUAUGAAGGAGGUGAAGAUGUUUAUGGAGAAGAUGAAGAUGAUGCAAGUUCUUUUUGUAAUUCUGUUUCGUCCAUUGCUUGCAGCAGCAUAUUGGACGUGGAUAAACCGGAAAAAUGGAUCAAGGAUGUUCAUAAGUCAGUUGAUAAACUUACAAAGUUUCGUGCUGUUGAAAAUUGGCUAAAAAAUUUACGCAAACGGUUUUAAGGCUCGGCAUUUCUAUGAGAACACCUUUAUCAGAUAUCGUUUGAAUUUUUUCUAGCAUCAGCUGACGUUUUCCAUGCUCAUCGGAACACUACAAAUUUGGAUUUUUGUUGCAUGCUGGAGAUAGUUUCUUCAAGCAGAAAGUAGAAAUGCAGAAACGGUAUAGUCUCUUUUGGUUUCCAUUAUAUCAUUUCAAAGUUUUCACAGUUUUUUAUUCCUAUUAGCGGAGUUCCAAUUGAAGCGAUUCAAACACGAGUUGAGAAAUAUCUUACUAUAAUAAGCUAACGAUUUUUAUCCAAAGCCAUCAAUUGAUCCAAGUGACACCAGCAAAACCAGGGGGGAGAAAUAAUCUUGCUUUUAAAUCGACUAUUCAUUCAAUACGCUUUUCAUAGAAUAUGUAAAGAAAUUUAAUCAAGACAAACAAUUGGGUAGAGAGCAUUGAUCAGACUUUGACUUUGCUUCUCUUGACUCUUUCAGAGAUCAUUUCGUUUCAUAAAUUGCAUGCAACGCAAGUACUUUAUAAAGACGACAGGAAGCGUCUUGACAAAAAUCCAUAGCUUCGAUAGGAGAGGAUGUCCCCUCUUGGCUUCAAGUAAUGCAAAACUGGUAGUCACAGGAUUCCCUCUGUUUUGAAAUAUAGUUCAGAAAAACUCCCAAAAUUUCAUGCGGCUAUUUGCAUACAUCCUUCAGUUGCACUCUUGUUUCAGUCUAUUAAACUUGGUAAAGAAACGGUUAAUUAAACAAACACGUUCACCCUUUUGAAAAUGCUCAGUCAUUGCUCAGUAGGCCACAGCUAUCACGUGUAAGCCACCACGCUCUGCGUGUCAAUU